UUCCCAAAACUGUCCUAGCCAAACGCGGAAGAUACAAGAGCCGGGGGGCAAAAACGUAAUUAAGCCAAACAAAAAGGCAAAAAGUAAAACCCGUCUUCAACGCCAUACCCACACCAUACCUGAGAGGCUGAGAGAGAGAGAGAGAGAGAGAGAGAGAGAGAGGGAGCUCAAUUUUCAAUUUUGAGGUCAGAAAGCUUCAGCUUCUGCUUCUGUUUUUGCUUUUGGUUUUGGUUUUGGUUUUUAGGGGAGAGGAGAGAGGUCACUCACUGUAAAAACGAGUUUGGUCGGUCUGACCGAGUCGGCUCAAUUAUCAAGCACCAAUCUCCAAUUUCUCAUCAGAUCUCACUCCAGGAACACAGUAAUUUUUGUAUAGGAAGAAAGGAUUGGGUAGGGCUUGAUUUACUAGUUUCAGAAUUUAUUAGAUGGCAGAGAAGUCGUGCAUCAAGCGCCUUCAGAAGGAAUAUAGAGCACUUUGUAAAGAACCAGUUUCCCAUGUUGUGGCCCGUCCUUCCCCAAAUGACAUUCUUGAGUGGCAUUAUGUGUUGGAGGGAAGUGAAGGAACACCUUUUGCAGGUGGAUAUUACUAUGGAAAGAUCAAGUUUCCCUCAGAAUAUCCCUAUAAACCUCCUGGAAUUAGCAUGACCACUCCUAAUGGACGAUUCAUGACACAAAAGAAAAUCUGCUUAUCUAUGAGCGAUUGUAAGUUUUUCAGGUUACUAGUUGAAGAAAACCAUUUCUUUUCUUUGACAACUGAUUUUAUGUUUGACUUGACUUUUUUAUUUGCAGUUCAUCCUGAAAGUUGGAAUCCGAUGUGGUCUGUAUCAAGCAUACUCACAGGGCUUCUUUCAUUCAUGAUGGACAAUAGUCCUACCACUGGCAGUGUGAACACCACUGUUGCUGAGAAGCAACGUCUAGCAAAGUCCUCCCUUGCUUUCAAUUGUAAGAACGCAACAUUCAGGAAAUUGUUUCCUGAGUAUGUGGAGAAGUAUAACCAGCAGCUGCUUUCUGAGAAGCUUGCUGCAGAGCAGGUGUCACCAGAGCUGACCCAAGAAGAAAAUUCCUCACUCAUGUUGGAAAGAGUUCCCAAAUCUGUGGGAGAAGAUGUAAAAAGAGUAGAUGCAGUGCAAGAUAGGAGGAAAGCCAAGAAGGAGUCAUUCCCUACUUGGAUGAUGUUCUUGCUCGUUUCCAUCUUUGGCAUCGUAAUGGCACUGCCCUUGCUUCAACUUUGAUAUCUAGGCAACAAAAAAUAUAUUCAUAGGAUCACUGAACAUACAGGCAUUUGGAAGUCAAGGGAUGCAUUCUAAAUGCUUCUUAAGUUUGUCAAGUGUCUAACAUAAUUUUUGUAUAGGGUUGAUGCUGGGGAGGUUCAGUUGGAUCUCCCUCUUGUUGAUGUUUUCUCCUUUAAGUCAAUGUUGACUGUCUGGUAGUCGAUGUUCAAACAUUUACAUGCCUGUGAUGUUCUCAGUCAGUUUUGUGUUGGUACUCUUUA